CCUUACUGCUCACCACGAUCACGCCAGCAACAUGUCGAACUCAGACGAGGAAGAUGACUACAUGAACAUGGUGUUCGAGGAUGCGCCCAAAGGUCCAAAAUUCGAAACCGCACUGCAGCGCGCCGCGCGCAGGCGCAAAGAGGGCGAGGCACGAUCGCGACAGAAGACAAAGGCAGAGAAGGCAGCAGACGCUGAAGCAGCGCGAGAGGAAGCACUCGCGACAGCCCUCCCAGAAACCAACAAGGGCUUCAAAAUGAUGGCUAAACUCGGCUUCAAGCAGGGCGAUACACUCGGUAAAUCCGCAGACGCGCGCAAAGCACCCAUUACAGUCGACAUCAAAGCGGACAAGGGAGGCAUUGGUCUUGAGUCAGAGAAGAAGCGCAAAUUCCGCGAGCAGUGGGAAGAGGCAGACCGAUUGGCCAAGCGCUCCAAAGAAGAAGAGGGCGACUAUCUUGAGGUGCGACGACAGGAACAGCAGGAGAAACAGGCGGAGAGGGAUCUUGACAACGCACAGCGCACAGCUGAGCGAUUGUUCGAGAAGCAGGCUGAAGAGAAAGGCACCCCCGAGCCCAGCGACAAGCCUCUCAAAGACAUCAACGUGCUCUGGCGCAGCCGUGUCAGAAGAAGGGUGGAGAAACAACAAGACAAGCAGCAGCGGCGUGAGCUGAACGACAGCCUGGCUUCGCGACUGCCCACGUUAGCCGACGAAGGUGAUGUCGACAACGACACCAAAGUCGCACUGGGCCAGGACCUGACACCCUUCUAUACCACGCUCGAGAGUGAUCUCGCAGCAGAAGACCCCGAGCUCGCUGAGUUCGAAGCAUUGCCCGUGACCGAGCGACUUGAAAAGGUAUUGCUCUUCCUCCGCGAUGAGUUUCACUACUGCCUCUACUGCGGGUACCAGUAUCCUGAUGCGGUUCUGGAAGGUUGCCCAGGAGUGACUGAGAAAGAUCACGAUUGAUUUAUGCAUGUUGAACUCAGACACUCUUGCAGGCGAUUACGGUCAAACCAUGUAGAAGGACGAUCAGUAAGUGACGUAGGAUGGACUACGAUUGGGGCACAUCAUGCAUCUAAAGCAUCCCUGUGCUAUGUUUGUGAAUCAGCACAUGAGUAUCGCUGCAUUUCCGAAGGCCAGGUAUUAUAUGCUGGCAUUAUGAAGAUUCUGCAGGGGAAGGAUGGUGUAUAGGACUCAGAGAUACCCAAUGGAAAUAAGCAAAACUUAUCUCAUCAGCUC